UUCUCUCUCUCUCUCCACAAAAUUGUGCAGAGACAGCAAUAACAGACCCCUCAACUGAUAAUUUUUUUCAAGCCCGUGUGGAAACAUGUGUGUGUUUUUGUGUGUGUGAUAUAUAUAAAUAUAUACUAUACAUAACAGACCUGAGAAAACCAUGGUUCUAAGCAACCAAAAGAUUAGCUCAAAGCCUAGUUGCUGACCGGUAACUAUCUGCCCUUAAAUCUUGCUUUCAAAUCUCAUACCCUGAACGUCUUUCCGAUUAGGUGCGUUGUCCCAUUCUUCCUCUGGAAAAAUUCAAAGCAGAUUUGAGUUCUCUGAACCGCUUCCCUCUCCGCUUCCUCUGUUUUUGCUUCAAACAGACUUUUUCAGAGUGAUUAAAUUGAUGGGUUCACCAAAGAAGUUGUUAAUGUUCAUGCCCUGUUUGGAUUUCUGAAUAAUGGGUUCUGCCAACCACUUUCUCUACCAAAAAUUGCUUCUCUUUUUCACAACUUUCUGCUUCUCUGUCUUGCUUCCUCUGUUUGGUUUCAUCACAACAUAUAUCUUUAGAUUCAAAAGAAAAGACAUUUGUGUAAAGACCAAUUCAAACUAUUCGCUGGUUACUUCAGAAGUGGACAAUCAAGAUGGUUCUAAUUGUACUUUUCCAGAGACAGAGUCGUCCAAACCAGAGUUGGAAGCCAAACGAGACGUGCUUGAUUUUUCGGAUUCAGAGACCGAUGGAUUUGUCGAAAAAGAGAAACCCAAUUUCUCUUUCAGCUUCAAAUUUCCCACUUUCGAAGAAUUUAGCAGAAACAAUGGAGGAAAUUUAUCUUCUCUUAUCUCCGAAGAAGAAGUCCCCACCACCAGUACUAAUAAGUACGAGUUCAUGUCUGUGAAGGGUUUUAGCGGAGUAAUUAAAGAACCAGAGAUUUUAAGCUUUACGGUAAAAGAACUCAAUACUGGUACUAAUGGUGGUUUUUUGGGUGAUAAAGAUAGUGUUCAUGAUGGGGAUUUUUCGGUGAACGAUUUUACUCAACUUAAUUCUGAUGCAGAAGGUGUUCAUGAAGAAUUACCUCGGAAUUCAAUUAAUGGUGUAUGUAGCGAAGAGAAAAUUGAGGCAAUGACAGUGAAAGAAGAGAAGGAAGAAGAGUUAAAUGCAGAGAGCGAGUUGCAGGGUGAUGAUGAUCUUUCCGAUGAACUUCAGUUUCACUCUGAAAAGAAUUCAAUUGCUACGAAUUCUGACUCAGACUCAGUAGGUUUGAAUCAUUUGCAUUUGAUUAUGAGUCGUUUUGUUGAUUCAUGUAGUGAUGGGUUUUUAUCAGAUGGAGAUUUUGGAGGAGAAUUUGAACUUGAUGAUUUGAUGGGCAUGGAUGGUGAGAAGUUAGAAUCACAUGAAGAAUUCUCAGCGAGUUCACGACACGAAUCAGAUGACUCUGAUGAAGAAGAUAGUGAUAUACGGGAAGAGCUAAGGCAAUUAGAAGAGGCUAAUUUGGAAUAUUCAGAGAAAUUUAACUCCGAAUUUCUGUCUGAGAAAGAUUUUCAUGAAGACUUGGACAAAUCCAAAAAUGAAAAAUCUGAAGAGCCCAAUUCAAAGAGUUUAUCAGCCUUGGAUUCUGAGGAUUCAAACAAGUUAGAAACACUGUGGGAACAUCAAGAAUUGAUUGAGCAGUUAAAGAUGGAGCUUAAAAAGGUCAGAGCCACAGGGCUUCCCACAAUCCUAGAAGAAUCCGAGUCUCCGAAAAUAAUGGAAGAUCUAAAGCCAUGGAAGAUUGAUGAGAAGUUUCAGCAUGAAGAUCCUAUGGACGAGCUUCACAAGUUCUACAAGAGCUACAGAGAGAGGAUGCGGAAAUUUGAUAUCUUGAAUUAUCAGAAAAUGUAUGCAAUAGGUUUUCUGCAGCUGAAAGAUCCACUUCAAUCAAUUUCAAGGGAGAAAUCUGCAGCCUCAUCAAUCACAUUGACAACGCUUUUCUCACAAAAUUCUAGUCAGUGCAAACGCAAGAAGUCUGAAACCGACCCUACAACGAACUUCAUUAGAGAAUUGCGGAGUGAUUUGGAAGUGGUAUAUGUUGGGCAGAUGUGCCUUUCUUGGGAAAUCCUACACUGGCAAUAUGGGAAGGCCUUGGAGCUAUGGGAAUCCGACCCGCGUGGAAUACGUUUAUAUAAUGAAGUUGCUGGAGAGUUUCAACAGUAUCAGGUGCUAACACAAAGAUUCAUUGAGGAUGAACCUUUUCAAGGGCCUAGAGUCCAAAAUUAUGUCAAGAGUCGAUGCGUUCUUCGUAAUCUUCUUCAAGUUCCUGUUAUAAGAGAGGACUCUUCGAAAGAUAGAAAGAAGGCAAGAAGAAGAGAAGGAGGUGAAUAUGCCAUUACAAAUGACUUGCUAUUGGAGAUCAUGGAAGAAUCAAUACGAAUAUUUUGGCGCUUUGUUAAAGCUGAUAAGGAUUGCACAAAUGUGAUUCGAAGAGCAGUUGAGGUUGAACUUCAAGACCCUGCAGACACUGAGAUUUUGAUGGAGGUCCGAAAAAAUCUUCAAAAGAAGGAGAAGAAGCUUAAAGACCUUUUAAGGAGUGGAAAUUGCAUAUUAAGGAAGUUCCGAAAGUGUCAAGAAGACGAAUCAGAUCACGUUCUCUAUUUCUUCUCUCAAGUGGAUAUGAAAUUAGUGACAAGGGUACUAAACAUGUCUAGAAUAACAACAGAACAACUAGUUUGGUGUCGCAAUAAAUUAAACAAGAUUAGUUUUGUAAGUAGGAAGAUUCAGGUAGAACCCUCAUUUUUGCUCUUUCCAUGUUAAUAUAAUGUAGUAUCGCUGUGUCACUGUUGUAUCAUGUCAUUGAACACAUUGAUAAUGUUAUAUGAGUAGAGAAAAUAGAUCCAUUUUAGAAAAAUUCCAAGUCUUUUGUGUGCCUCUCAAUUUGAUAUAUAAUUUAGCAGCUGAUUUACAUGGUUCAGACUUCAGAUUCAAGUCAAUUUGAUAUUU